AUGUUGGCGGCUGUCUUCACUGCCGGCUUCGCAUUCGAAGUGUACGGACCUCACCCUGAUAAAUGGCGUACCGGAAUUCGGCAAUUACUAACCUCUCGUUAUAGCGGCUUCAAUAACGGUGUUAACAAGUGGUGGGACAACCACAACCGCGGCCGACAAUGGAAGGAUAUUCGAAGCAAGUAUGUUGAGGAGACUGCUGAGGACGACGAGUAG